CACCCGGAGGGACGGGAGCCGGCCGCACGGCCCGGUUCUGGGUAGGGUCGCAGCCGCCAUGGAUAGCGACGACGAGGUGGUGGAGGAAGCCGUGGAAGGGCACCUGGAUGAUGACGGUUUACCACACGGGUUCUGCACUGUCACCUAUUCUUCCACGGACAGAUUUGAGGGCAACUUUGUGCAUGGAGAAAAGACUGGACGUGGGAAAUUCUUCUUCUUUGAUGGCAGCACCCUGGAAGGAUAUUACGUGGAUGAUGCCCUGCAGGGCCAGGGUGUUUACACCUAUGAGGAUGGAGGGGUUCUCCAAGGCACGUAUGUGGAUGGGGAACUGAAUGGGCCAGCCCAGGAGUAUGACACCGACGGGAGGCUGAUCUUCAAGGGACAGUACAAAGACAACAACCGACACGGAGUGUGUUGGAUCCAUUACCCAGAUGGAGGCAGCCUCGUUGGGGAAGUCAAUGAAGACGGGGAGAUGACGGGGGAAAAGAUAGCCUAUGUGUACCCUGAUCAGAGGACUGCGCUGUACGGAAAGUUCAUUGAUGGAGAGAUGCUUGAAGGGAAACUGGCCACCCUCAUGGCCACCGAAGAAGGGAGACCACUCUUUGAACUGACGUCAGGAAGUUCCGUGUACCACUUUGAUAAAUCGACUUCCUCCUGCAUCUCUAGCGAUGCCCUCCUUCCAGACCCAUAUGAGUCCGAGAGGGUUUAUGUGGCCGACUCUCUCAUCUCCAGUGCUGGAGAAGGACUGUUUUCCAAGGUAGCCGUGGGACCCAAUACUGUUAUGUCAUUUUAUAAUGGAGUCCGAAUUACACACCAAGAGGUUGACAGCAGGGAUUGGGCCCUGAAUGGGAACACUCUCUCCCUGGAUGAGGAGACAGUCAUUGAUGUGCCUGAGCCCUAUAACCACCUGUCCAAGUACUGUGCCUCCUUGGGACACAAGGCAAAUCACUCCUUCACUCCAAACUGCGUCUAUGACCUGUUUGUCCACCCCCGUUUUGGGCCCAUCAAGUGCAUCCGCACCCUUCGAGCUGUGGAGGCUGAGGAAGAGCUGACCGUUGCUUACGGCUAUGACCACAGCCCCCCGGGGAAGAGUGGGCCCGAAGCCCCUGAGUGGUAUCAGGUGGAGCUAAAGGCCUUCCAGGCCACCCAGCAAAAGUGAAAGGCUUGGCCCUGGGUUCCAGAGACGUGGAAUAGAAACUCGGAUCUAUGCACUACAUUUAUCUGACAACGGGACAACCAGGGACUGUUCACGCCGUGACGUCACAUCCUCUCACCCCGCGUUAGCAACGAUUCUCUCGCAUACUAACUAGGUUUGACUGUAUUACUCAUACCAGAUUUAAAAUUAGCUAGCCUUGCAACAAUGCCCUACUGAGAGGUACUGUUGAACUGUUGACAACAUGGUGUUCUUUGAUGGUUGGAGUCUAAAUCUGGACCAUGUUCAGAGAUACCAAAUGAUGAGGCUGAAAAAGGGAGAUGGGGUUCUUCGGUCACUUUUAUUUUAUUUUUUUAUUUUUUUGGUUGAUGGUUUUGUUUUUUUUUUUCCAUGACGUUUUCUCUAUGGCCAGUGCAAAUGGUGUUCGGUCACCCUUGCAUGUUGCCAACGGCAGGGCAGGAAGCGAUUACAUCUUUAUAUAUAUAUAUGUAGGGUCAUUUGCCUUUUAACCUUUGAUCUGUAUCUCUUGCAAUAGAAUGGCUUUGUUUUUGUUGUUACUCUCCUAGUGAAUUGAAGCCCAGUCUUUUGAGUCAUUUCUUUAGCCUCACUAUGUUAGCUAUACUUUACAAGAAAAAGCUUCCAAACGAAUUGUGCAUUCGUAGCAGCGUACAGGUCUCUCUGGUUCUUUCUCUACCAUCUCAUUCUUAUGUCCUGAUAUAAAGUCCUGGCUCAUAAGGCCAGACUCUUAUUAUAGACUUACUAUUCUCUAUUCUCGCAUGUAAACAAAGAUAUCUUUGCUUUCAGAUGUGAGAAGAAAUGAACUUACCUUGUUUGCAUUAAGUUA